AUGGUUAAAGCAACCAUCACUAAACGCCAGCAACACUGCACCUACUGCAGACACUUACUCCCGCCUGACUCGCCGCCCUCGCCCCAGGAGCAGCAGUCUUCGUCGCCCAAAAACUACGCCGCCCCUCUGCGUCCCGCAGGUGACUCCAAUGUGGAACAGGAAGUGAAGACGGACAGAAAGGCUGCUGAAUCCUUCUCACCUGAACACGCAACUGGAUCUUCAUACAGGUUCAGGUGUCCUGGUCCAGGUGUGUUCCAGUGUGCUUUGACUGGCCUGGUGUUCGUCAUGGCUCAGGAGGCGGAGCUUCUGUACAGGACGGUCCCUUGGGAGGAGAGCCUCCUCCAAUCAGCUGGCAAGAAGGCAGCAGGGCCGCUGUUCGACGUGAAGAGUUCUGAUGAAACUGCCGUCUGCCAGCUCCACCUGCCACACAGUGAGACAGAGGAUGCGUUGCUCCUGGACGGCCUGUUGUCUGUCGUCCACAUCACUGAUGAAGGCCGGAGCAUCUUGGAGCCGCUGGAGGUCACACGCACUCACGUGGUGGUGAAGGUGCCUCACCUCUCUCUCUUUGGCCUUAUCAUCGAUACAUUGAAAAGGCUUCUAAAGUGGCGUAUAAAAGGCCAAAUUCUGGUAUUUCUACGUACACCGUCCGGAGAGGAGCAAAUACUGGAUGUACAUCUGCUGCAGAACAACGUCCAUGUGGAGGAGGUUGCUGACAAACACAAACGUGCUGUGCACAUCACAAACUCCUCCGACUGUGAGCUGGACAUUCAUCACAGUUACAGUGUGCACUGUGAACCUGAGGGCUUCUAUAUACAGCCUGAGAGUAAAACAUUUGAUUCCAGCUUUGGACCAAACUACCAUCCGACAUUUCAAGUUUCCCUGACGACGAGCACUGAGAGAGUGGUUUUGAAGGUCCAGGAUCAAGGUGGAAAUGAAGUCUGGUAUUGUCGCGCGUCACUGGAAGGUCCAAGGCAUGAAUUGUCCCAGAGAAAUGUCCCAGCAGAGAGCAGAGACCCAGCAGAGAGCAGAGACCCAGCAGACCAAUGGCUGCUCUCACAUCGGACAGAGUUCAUUCUAAGAGUGUCUCCAUCUCUCCUGAAGGACCUUCUGGAUAAACUCUUUGAGUCUAGAGUUAUCACUGAUUCUGAAAUGACGUCAGCCAGAACCAAACCCCAAAAUGACGGAGCACGAGAGGUGGUGGACACGGUGCGAAAUAAAGGAGCUGAAGCCAGCAGGGUUCUGAUCAAUGCUCUCCGUGAGCUGGACCCAUGUCUUUACAGAUGCCUCGACUCGAGCUGAAGCAAAACCUCGUGGAGUGUGUGUGACAGUUGAAGUCUAGUCCUGUGUUUUGUUAACUUUAACUAUUUCCCCUUGUCCUUGAAGGUAACACAGAUUCUGAGCGAAGGCUACUUUCCUUCUCUCGUUUCUCCUGGACUCUAUCCGGAGAGCAGCUACCCGGGCUUGUUCUUAUUUUAACAAUAUUUUUCAUUUUACCGAAAUAUUUUAUAUUUCUAUUUACACAGGGUAAUAUGGAUCUUUUAAAUACAUGUCUCAGGGUGGACCUCUCCAAUAAUUAGGCAGUGAGUUUUCAGCCUAGUUUUUAUUAAUCUGAAUGGCUCAAAUGUAAAUAAUUUGUUAAGUAUUUCACAACUUAAUGUAAUCAAUUGUAUACAUUUAUUUUGUAACAUGAUUCUUUCCAAAAGAAAUUACAAAAUGUAGGGAUGUUGCAACAAGAGAUCUGAUCCCUAACUGCUGGCUUGUUGGAAAAUGUAGAUAUUACUAAAGAGAAUUUACUGAUAAGAAACAAUUUCCAUUGUUUUGUACAUUUAUCUACUUUCUUAAUAUAAUAUUUUUCUUUACAAUGUUCUUCUUCUUGUCUAGACUGAAAUAUCAACAACUACUUGUUUGUGUUAUUUUUUAUCCAUUCCAAAAUACAUGUUUUUGAAAAGCACAUUG